UCUCUUGUGAUUCCUCUAUACAAAAACAAUUUUCUAAAUAUUUCUAAAAGUUGAAAACCCCAAGAAAAUUUCUUCAUUUCAGAUCAGGUUUCAAACCCUAACACACACACCCUUGACUUCCUCCGCCAUGUCUUCCCGGCGGCUACUCGCCACCCUCCUCCGCUCCAAUCUCCACCGCACUCCGUCCAGAUCUCCGUUCACUCACGCCGCUAGAUCCACCACACGCACGCGCUCCCACACCUCCCCUACCGGCUACUUCCUCAACCGUGCAGUCAACUACGCCACGUCAGCCGGCGCCGCUCCAUCUCAGCCACCAGCACCUCCUGUUUCAGGAUCUCAUGACGGCAAGAUCACCGAUGAGUUCACCGGCGCCGGUUCUAUCGGACAAGUGUGUCAAGUGAUCGGUGCUGUUGUUGAUGUUAGGUUUAGUGAGGGUUUGCCGCCGAUCCUUACGGCUCUUGAGGUUUUGGAUAAUCAGAUUCGGUUGGUUUUGGAAGUGGCGCAACAUUUGGGGGAGAAUAUGGUGAGGACUAUUGCUAUGGAUGGUACUGAAGGACUUGUUAGAGGUCAACGUGUUCUCAACACUGGUUCUCCGAUCACUGUGCCUGUUGGUAGAGCCACCCUUGGUCGUAUCAUUAAUGUUAUUGGAGAGCCUAUCGAUCAUAGAGGAGAAAUCAAAACCGAUCACUAUUUACCAAUUCAUAGAGAAGCCCCAGCUUUUGUUGAACAGGCAACUGAACAACAGAUUCUUGUCACUGGUAUUAAGGUUGUCGAUCUUCUUGCACCAUACCAAAGAGGAGGAAAGAUUGGGCUGUUUGGUGGUGCUGGUGUGGGAAAAACUGUUCUUAUUAUGGAGCUUAUUAACAAUGUUGCCAAGGCUCAUGGUGGUUUCUCUGUAUUUGCUGGUGUUGGAGAACGUACUCGAGAGGGUAAUGAUUUAUACAGAGAAAUGAUGGAGAGUGGUGUCAUCAAGCUAGGUGACAAACAGAGUGAGAGCAAAUGCGCUCUUGUCUAUGGUCAAAUGAAUGAGCCACCAGGUGCUCGUGCUCGUGUUGGUUUGACCGGGUUGACUGUUGCUGAACACUUUAGGGAUGCUGAAGGACAAGAUGUGCUUCUGUUUAUCGACAACAUUUUCCGUUUUACUCAGGCUAACUCUGAGGUGUCUGCUUUGUUGGGUCGUAUUCCAUCUGCUGUCGGUUAUCAACCAACAUUGGCUACAGAUCUUGGAGGCCUUCAAGAACGUAUUACAACAACUAAAAAGGGUUCCAUUACAUCUGUGCAAGCAAUUUAUGUGCCUGCUGACGAUUUAACAGAUCCAGCUCCUGCCACUACUUUUGCUCACUUGGAUGCCACCACCGUGUUAUCCCGACAGAUUUCCGAGCUUGGUAUCUAUCCUGCUGUGGAUCCACUUGAUUCGACAUCUCGUAUGCUUUCACCCCACAUUUUGGGUGAGGAUCAUUACAACACGGCUCGUGGUGUACAAAAAGUUCUUCAGAACUACAAAAAUCUUCAAGAUAUUAUUGCAAUUCUUGGAAUGGACGAGCUCAGUGAAGAUGAUAAGUUGACCGUCGCUCGUGCUCGCAAGAUUCAAAGGUUUUUGAGUCAACCCUUCCAUGUUGCUGAAGUUUUCACUGGUGCCCCUGGUAAAUACGUUGAAUUGAAGGAAAGCAUUGGUAGUUUCCAGGGGGUUUUGGAUGGAAAGUACGAUGACCUACCCGAACAAUCGUUUUACAUGGUUGGUGGAAUCGAUGAGGUUAUUGCUAAGGCCGAGAAGAUUGCGAAGGAUAAUGCCUAGAAUCUUCUUUCGCUCUUCAGAAAAUGAAUAAUAAUUUGUUGAUUUUGGUGGUGGGUACAUGGGAUGGGAGUUCUGUUUCCAGAAAACUUGAUUUUGUCGGGAGACUGACUGCGUUGUUAAGUUGUGUUUUACGAUAGAGAAAGGUUGGACCUCCUAGCCAGAAAUCCCUCUUGUUUUAUUGCCAGAUAAUAAAGGGGAACCAUUGUUGGGAUUGUAUAUUAAUAUUAUUUUUGAUGAUUUUAAAGCUCGAGUUUUGACUCC